UGACCAAGUAAUGCUCUGAGCUCUUUCCUUCCAGAAUUCGAGAAUCUACACCAUAUACCCUCAAACGACCACGUUAGGCUAUGCAUAAGACCUCUCCCCGACCUCACAACGACCGCCGCAGUUGCCUGGAUAUUCAAGUUCUUCAGGUUCUGCAGUGACGAGCCUUGAUCAUCCGUGAAUCACCCCGACAACGACGACGACGACGACGACGACCAGCCACGCGUUGCGGAAACAUAGCUUCGGAGUACUGCAUAGUAUCGCAUCGACUUUCGGGGAUUUAAUUAAAAGGACAAGGACGAUCUUGACGCAAGCAAAUAAGCAUAGAUGGCCAGUUACUCUCCAACAAGCAGCAUUCCGUCGCGCGGCUCUUCCGAUAGCGGGAGGCAUACACCAAACGUCCAGGGUGAUGUCCCUACGGCAGUCCAAAAUCUAUUAGCAUCUACGAAGCGCCUACAGCAAGUUCUAAAAGACUGGAGCAAGGCUAGGGCAACUGUAACAGACGUGAGCGACGUCUACGUCCAAAUCGGAACGGAAUUCAACACUGUUAUACACGCGUUUGCGUACCACCAAAUCGACUUGAGUGACAUCCAUAUCGUCCCACAAGAAAUGCGCACCAUCCUUGAAGUUUGUUUGGCUGAAGAGCCGUCCCCGGAAGUACUCGACCAGUACAUGCCUGAACUCAAGCAAACACUCGUCAAGCUGCUCAAGGGUUUGCAGGUGCGGCAGGAGGCAUGGAAAGCGCGAGCCUUGGGCGAGUCGAGCAGUCGCAACGUCAGCCCUCGCAAUUCAACUUGAGUCUCUGAACUCCCCAAGAGGACCAUUCGACUCCGUCGGAUGAUGC